AGUGUAACGAACGGACUAGUGAAACGUUAGGCUCCGGCUAAGAGACAACAGUUGCGCUCAUCUCACCACCAACUAAUCAGGCAUUGUUCACGAUCUUGACGGUUUCAACGAGAGUGCAAAUUCUCGGCACCGGGCAACUGCUCCUUAAACACUGGAAGCAAUUUGGCUGGGUUGACGCAUCUUGAUUGAUACGGCUCACAGAAAACGCGCGAGCUGCAGCUCCAGCUGAGCGUGGUCCUCUGAGCUCUGCUUUCCGCUGCUACCUAAGACACAAACCGGGACACGUAUUUCUCAAGCCAGAUAUACAUCAUGCCUGAGCUCCUCCUUCAGUCCGCUCUUGCGGCGUCCAGAUCGACUCAGUUUGCGACCGAAGCCGCUCAGAUCCGAACCAACUGCCAUGCGCAGCACGGCGACACCAACUCACUGAUCUCCUGCCCACAAUGCUACGAGGCAGUCCUUGAAGCUUUCAGGGCCCGCUAUCUCGGCUUCAAGCCUCGCCCUACAGCUGGCUCCCCAGCGGCAGAUCAACAGCCGCAGCAGCAACAACAACAACAACAACAAAAUCAGGAGCAGCAGCGAGAAUGGUUCGCUUCGCGGCGCGCCUUUCUCUCCGACCUCGACGACCUCAUCAGCUCCGCUAAGGAGUACCAGGUCUCGCCGCAGGCCGUCGACGACCGGGUGCGCGAGGAGCGGAGCAGGUGGUAUGCCGAGCGGGUGCGUGCGUCGCUGCUGCGGCUGGUGGUGGAGGACCCUUCGAGCCGCGCCGCGGUGUUCGAGAAGCUGGAGGACCUGUCGUCUGCCUCGGCGCUGGGGGCGGAUCCGGUCCGGCUGGCCAGGGAGGUUGCCGAGAUCCUGAGUAGGGGCCCGCUGGCUGCCGAGCGGGGGACGGGGGAUCUGCCGGGGAAGCUGGCUGCUGCGACGGAUGGGGCGGGGAGCGCAGAGGUGCUGCGGGACGCGUUCUUCGUCGCCGAGGACGGGACCGUGCCCGCGGAUCACCAAAAGUAUCUCGACAUGCUGCUGCGCCAGGGGCUGUCGAUGGAGCAGGUGGUGGACCGGAUAUUGGAGGAGAGGCAGGCGGCGGCGGGCGCAAAGGAGCAGGCGGCCAAGCUCAGCCAGCGACUUGACGAGCUCCGAAGGGCGAGGGCGGCUCACGAGGCGCAGAAGUCAAGGAAAGCGCAGCGGAGGGAGAGUCUCGCCCUGCAGAAGGUUCCGGACGAGCUGUACGACCUUCCGGCCUGCGCCGUCUGCGGAGGCGCACCGAGCACGAGGGACUACUUCUGCUGCAGUAUUUGCACCAUCCUGGCAGACAGGGGGAUCCAGCAACGGCAGACGCUGUUUUGCUCAGCGAAGUGCGAGGAAAAUGGACAUGCCUCACAUGCAGGAACCCACACCUGCGCCUCGUCCUCCGGAUGCAUCCGGCCGCACGCGAAUUUUCCCUCCAACCCAACGGAUGACCAGGACACGCACAUGGACGAAGCGCCCCCAUCCCCCAACGACCUGCGCUUCUGCACGGAAUGCCUUGGCUCUCUGAAACAGCCCACAAUAUGGUGCUCGCUCGCGUGCGCCGAGGCCAACUUCCGCACCCACCGCGAGGACGUGCACUUGGCUGAGCGGAAGAAGCGGGGUCUGGAGGACGUGGACGACGACGUGGCGGAUAUCCGGGCACUCACGACAUCGCUGAGUGAGGCGGUGAAGGAGUGGGAGGAGAGGAAUCGCGUUAGGUUGCAACCUCUGGCGUAAGCUAGUGCGAGACAGGUUGGGGAUUGAGGCUAUGCUCAUAUGUACAUUACGAUCCAUAUGCCUGGUCAUCAAUGGAUGGUCGGCGCAGCGGGGCGCGC